AUGUCUUCCAAGAAGGAGCCCCAGAGCGCUGUUCCCCCCGCCAGUAAGGGCUCGUGGACAAGUUUCCUCAAGUCGAUCGCGUCUUUCAAUGGAGAUCUUUCCUCCCUGACUGCUCCUCCUUUUAUCUUGUCCUCUACCUCUCUCACCGAGUACUCCGCCUACUGGGCUGAACACCCCGCCGUCUUCGUGGCCCCCGCUAAGGAGGCGGACCCUGAGAAGCGUGCUCUCCUGGUUCUCAAAUGGUUCCUCACUACCCUGCACCAGCAAUAUUGCAGCCGAAGUGAGAAACUAGGUAGCGAGAAGAAGCCCUUGAACCCUUUCCUUGGUGAGCUGUUCAUCGGCAAGUGGCAGGCAGACGCCAACUCGGAUGUAGGCGAGACCGAAUUGAUCAGUGAACAAGUCAGCCACCACCCGCCUGCUACCGCCUAUGCGAUUCAGAAUAAAAAGCACGGUGUCGAGCUUCAAGGAUACAACGCCCAAAAGGCCUCCUUCUCUAGCACUAUUCAAGUUAAGCAGAUUGGCCAUGCUCUCUACACUCUCACCCCUCCCGGUUCCGAUGCGAAGGAGUAUUACCUGAUUACGCUCCCUAAUAUGCACAUCGAGUCCCUUAUCUACGGUACACCCUUCGUCGAGCUUGAAAAGUCUACCAAAAUUGCUAGCAGCAGUGGCUACACCGCCAAGAUCGACUUCUCCGGAAAGGGAUGGUUGAGCGGUAAGAAAAACACUUUCUCUGCCAGUCUGUUCAAGACCAGCGAGGGCGAAAAGAAGCCCCUGUACAUUGUAGAUGGACAGUGGAAUGGUAAAUUUACCAUUAAAACCCCGAACAAGGAGGUUGUCGAUCUCUGGUCUGUCAGCGAGAACAAGACUACCCCACUCACCGUGACCCCUCUCGAGGAGCAGGACCACUAUGAGAGCCGCCGCGCUUGGUAUGAUGUUGCCUCCAACAUCCAGAAAGGUGAUAUGGAUGCUGUCUCGGCUUUCAAGACGCGGAUUGAGGUCGCCCAGCGCGAGCUGCGCAAGGCUGAAAAGGCCGAGGGUCGUGAAUGGGAACGACGCUUCUUCAACCGCCACGACGAGAGUAGCGAUAAUGUUGAAAUCCAUGCUCUCGCUCGCCAGCUAGAUCUCGCCGCAAACCUUGAUGGCGACAAGACCGGUGGAAUCUGGCGCUUCGAUGCUGAACGUGCUGCUGAUGCCAAGCCACCAUACCACAAGGUUGGUCCUGAGGGACUGGGUCUUACCGAAUAG